CUGUGCUCUGGUUGAACUGUUGGAGAGAGAAUCACCCUUGAUUUGCUCUGCAGCAGCAUUUCAUCUCAGAUCACUUUGACACAUUGGCGUCUCCAGAAGCAGUCUGCCACAAUGAGGUUUCUAAUCUCAUUGUGUGUGCCACUACUCCUGUUGCUUAACGUUGUUUUCAGCAGCAAUGAUCCUUGUAACAACUAUGAAUCUCUGGAUCAUCCCUGGAGAGCCACAGAUGAAGCUGGAUUUUACAUUUGUGAUGAAUAUUUUGACUGGAAUGGCUGGUAUCGACUUUUCUACAAUGGAAUGGACAUCCGAAUGCCAGAGAGCUGUGUUAAUGCAGGCAGCUGUAACACAGAUUACAGUCUGUGGCUCAAUGGUUCUCACCCUCAGAUUGAGGAUGGAGAGGUGAUCAUGGAGGUCUGUGCAAGCACGUUGUAUGACUGCUGCUAUUUCCAAUCAACACCCAUCAGAGUCAAAGCUUGCCCAGGCAAUUACUAUGUCUAUGAACUUGUGAAUCAACUGUAUGGGUGUUCAGGAUACUGCACAGAUAUCAGCACAAUAUCCCUGACAACUUCCACUUCAAGUCCAUCUACAUUAAGUGGAUCCAGCCUUUCCAUGUCUGCCAUUGACACAGAUUAUGACCCAUGCCACAACUACAAAAUUCUUGAUGAUUACUGGAGAAGCACACUCAAUUAUUGGUAUCAAUAUGGAUAUAUGUCCGGAAACGAUGACACUCUAGUUGAAUGGCAUGGCUGGUAUCGACUCUUCAUUAAUGGAUCGGGUGCUGAGAUGCCUGAGUGGUGUUUCAGUUAUAUGUCAUGUGGAGGUUAUAGUUCUCUGUGGCUUGGUGGCCCUCAUCCUGAGAUAGAAGAAGGAGUUGUUACUCGUGAAGUCUACGGCUCUAUUAAUGACCAGUGCAGUUACUACAGAUCUGACCCAAUCCAAGUCAAAGCUUGUCCUGGAAAUUACUAUGUCUACAAGCUUACAAGUCCAAAGCCAUCGAUCCCAGCGCCUGUAUAUUGUACAGUUCCUUUCAACACUCCAAAUACUGAUCCCUGCUAUAACUAUGCCAGUCUGGAUGACCCUUGGCGAGCCACUGACAAUUAUUAUAUCACUUAUAUGUGUGAUUAUAAUGUCAACUGGAACGGCUGGUACAGGCUCUUCUACUAUGGUCAGAGUGUCCAGAUGCCAGAGUCAUGUGUUAGUUCUGGCAUGUGUGGCACAGACAAACCACUGUGGCUCAACGACCCUCACCCACAGCUGGAAGAUGGAGUGGUCACACGACAAGUCUGCGGUUCCACAUGGAAUGACUGCUGUGGUUACAAAUCUCAUCCAAUACAAGUCAAAGCUUGUCCAGGAGACUAUUAUGUGUAUGAGUUUGUCAGGCCGCUAUUGUGUUCAUCUUACUGUGCAGAUGUCUCAAGCCUCAGCAGCCCAACAUCUACAACAUCACCUACAACAACAGUGGCAGUCAUACCCCCAGAAUCCAUUACUCUGCCUGUCACAAACACAGCCCUCCACUUUGACCCCUGCGAUAGCUACACUGUGCUGGACGAUUCUUGGAGAUCCACAGACAAUCGAUAUACCUUCAAUUUAAUGUGUGAUGCUUAUGUCAGCUGGGUGGGCUGGUAUCGUCUCUUCAUUCACGGCCAGAGCGUUCAGAUGCCAGACACAUGUGUUGAUCGGCUAAGCUGUGGUACUCAUGCCCCACUUUGGCUAAAUGGUCCACACCCAAGAAUUGAGGAUGGAGUGGUGACCCGAGAUGUCUGCGGUCACUGGUGGAAUGACUGCUGUGGUUUCCAGUCAAAUCCUAUUAGAGUGAAAGCCUGCCCGGGCAAUUACUACGUUUAUGAGUUUGUUAGCCCAAGUUUCUGCUAUGGGACCUACUGUGCAGAUGUUAGGAACAAUAGCAUCAGCAUUCCUACUUUCACUCCAGAGACAACUUUGGCUGAGGCUUUCCGCAUUGACCCCUGCUACAACUACACAGCCCUGGAUGAUCAUUGGAGAGCAACAGACAAUCACAAUUCAUACAAUUGUGAUGCUAGUGUUAAUUGGGAUGGCUGGUAUCGUCUCUUCAUUGCAGGCCAAGAUGCUCAGAUGCCAGAAACAUGUGUUAAUCAGUUUAGCUGUGGCACUGUUGCCCCGCUGUGGCUAAAUGGUCAGCAUCCACAAGUCGAGGAUGGAGUGGUCACCCGUCAUGUCUGCGGCCACUGGAACAAUGACUGCUGCAAUUUUGAGUUUAAUCCUAUGAAAGUUAAAGCCUGUCCAGGAAAUUAUUAUGUGUAUGAGUUCAUGAACACAGUGUUCUGCUUUGUGGCAUACUGCGCAGAAGUGACGAAUAUCGGUUAUACAGAUGUCACGCCACACACCACCCCAACUGUCACAACUCCCAGUUCUGACCCAUGCUCUGAUUAUAAUAUUCUUGAUGACGAUUGGAGAGACUUGCGCCAGAACAGCCAAUCCAGCGACCAUGAUGACACUGCUGUUGAAUGGAAUGGUUGGUAUCGGCUGUAUUUGAAUGGAGAAAGUGCUCAGCUGUCUGAGUGGUGUGUGACAAACGCAAGAUGUGGUGGUGAAGUUGGACUUUAUCUCAAUGGUUCUCAUCCACAAUUUGAGGAUGGGGUGGUGACCCGUGAAGUCUUGGGAUCUUCAAGUUGGUGGUGGAACUCCAACCACUGUAGCUAUUUUAGAUCUACCUCCAUUCAAGUCAAAGAAUGUCCAGGAGAUUUUUAUGUCUAUAAACUUGACAAACCUGAUGCGUCAAUCCCUAGGCCUACAUAUUGUGCAGUUGCAUUCAACAGCAUCAGUAAUGAUCCUUGUUACAACUAUGAAUCUCUGGAUCGUCCCUGGAGAGCCACAGAUGAAACUGGAUUUUACAUUUGUGAUGAAUAUUUUGACUGGAACGGCUGGUACAGACUUUUUUACAAUGGAGCGAACAUCCGAAUGCCAGAGAGCUGUGUUAAUGCAGGCAGCUGUAACACACAGAACAGUCUGUCGCUCACUGGUCCUCACCCUCAGGUAGAGGAUGGAGUAGUGACCAUGGAGGUCUGUACAAGAACAUGGACGUGGUAUUUCAGCUAUGAUUUGAAGAAAACACCUAUCAGAGUUAAAGCUUGCCCAGGAGAUUACUAUGUUUAUGAACUUGUGAAUCAACCAGCAAAUGGGUGUUCAGGGUAUUGUACAGAUGUCAGCACAAUAUCUCUGGUUUCCACUACAAGUCCAGCUACCAGUCCUGGAUUCAGCAUGACUUUGAAUUAUGACCCAUGCUAUAACUACAACAUUCUUGACAAUUACUGGAGAAGCACACUCUGGUAUAUGUCUGGAUAUGAUGACGCUCGUGUUGAAUGGGAUGGCUGGUAUCGAUUUUUCAUUAAUGGAUCGAGUGCUCAGAUGCCUGAGUGGUGUUUCUAUUACAUGUCAUGUGGAGGUUUUAGCUCUCUGUGGCUUGGUGGCCCUCAUCCUCAACCAGAAGAUGGAGUUGUUACUCGUGAAGUCUACGGUUCUGUUAAUGACCAGUGCAGUUCCUACACAUCCAACCCCAUCCAAGUCAAAGCUUGUCCUGGAAAUUUCUAUGUGUACAGACUUUCAAGGCCAAAACCAUCAAUCCCAGUCCCUGUAUAUUGUGCAGUGUUAUUUAACACUCCAAAUACUGAUCCCUGCUACGACUACACAAGUCUGGAUGACCCUUGGAGAGCCACUGACAAUUAUUACAACAAUUACAUGUGUGAUUAUAAUGUCAACUGGAACGGCUGGUACAGGCUCUUCUACUAUGGUCAGAGUGUCCAGAUGACAGAGUCAAGUGUUGGUUAUGGCAUGUGUGGUACUCCUCACCCACUGUGGCUCAACGGCCCUCACCCACAGCUGGAAGAUGGAGUGGUCACACGACAAGUCUGUGGUUCCACAUGGAAUGAUGGCUGUGGUUACAAAUCUCAUCCAAUACAAGUCAAAGCUUGUCCAGGAAACUAUUAUGUGUAUGAAUUUGUCAGGCCAACAUUCUGUGCAUCUUACUGUGCAGAUGUUACAAAACUUGCAUCUACAACAACAUCUGAAACAACAGUGACAAUUCCACCCACAGAACCCAGUACUUUGUCUGUUACAAGCCCAGCAGAAGCUAUUCCUUUUGACCCCUGCUAUAACUACACUGUGCUUGAUGAUUCUUGGCGAUCCACUAGCAAUCAGCAUUCCUCCUCCAUAAUGUGUGAUGCUCAUGUCAACUGGGUGGGUUGGUAUCGUCUCUUCAUUGGUGGCCAGAACGGUCAGAUGCCAGACACAUGUGUUGAUCAGUAUAGAUGUAGCACUCACGCCCCACUGUGGCUAAAUGGUCAACAUCCACAAGUCGAGGAUGGAGUGGUCACCCGAAAUAUCUGUGGUCACUGGGGCGAUAACUGCUGCUAUUUCCAAUCCAAUCCCAUUAAAGUGAAAGCCUGCCCAGGAAAUUACUAUGUCUAUGAGUUUGUUCAACCAAAUUUCUGCUCUGGGACCUACUGUGCAGCCCCAACUCCCAGCUCUGACCCAUGCUCUGGUUACAAUGUUCUUGAUGACAACUGGAGAGACUUGCGCACGAACUUCUACCAAUAUUAUUACAAUGAUGACAGAUAUGUUGAAUGGAAUGGUUGGUAUCGGCUGUAUUUGAAUGGAGAGAGUGCUCAGAUGUCUGAGUGGUGUGCGAGUUUUACAGGAUGUGGUGGUGAAGUUGGACUUUAUCUCAAUGGCUCUCAUCCAAAACCCGAGGAUGGGGUGGUGACCCGUGAAGUCUUGGGGUCGUCGUCUUGGCCGUGGUGGUGGUGGGGGUGGGGGUGGAGCGGCCACCAUUGUGGCUAUUAUAAAUCCACCUCCAUUGAAAUCAAAGCCUGUCCAGGAGAUUACUAUGUCUAUAAACUUGUCAAACCUGACAUGUCAAUCCCUACACCUACGUACUGUGCAGUUGCUUUCAACAACAUCAGUAAUGAUCCUUGUAACAACUAUGAAACGCUGGAUCGUCCCUGGCGAGCCACAAAUGAAACUGGACUUUACAUUUGUGAUGAAAAUUUCUCCUGGAAUGGCUGGUAUCGACUUUUUUACAACGGAAUAGACAUUCGAAUGCAAGAGAGCUGUGUUUCUGGUGGCAGCUGUAACACAUACAAAGGUCUGUGGCUCAAUGGUCCUCACCCUCAGAUUGACGAUGGAGUGGUGACAAUGGAGGUCUGUGGGGGCAUGUAUUACGGCUGCUGUGAUUAUAAAUCAACACCCAUCAGAGUCAAAGCUUGCCCAGGCGAUUACUAUGUCUAUGAACUUGUAAAGCCACGUUCAUUUUAUUGUUCAGGAUACUGCACAGAUGCCAGCAAUAUAUCAACAACUUUUUCCUCUACAAGUCCAGCUACAUUUAUGGGGUCCAGCAUGACCGCUAUUAACACAGAUUUUGACCCAUGCUAUGACUACAACAUUCUUGACAACUCAUGGAGAAGCACAUUCAAUUUCUGGUAUCAAUAUGCACAUGAUGACACUCGUGUUGAAUGGGAUGGCUGGUAUCGACUCUUCAUUGAUGGAUCGAGUGCUCAGAUGCCUGAGUGGUGUUUCUAUUACAUGUCAUGUGGAGGUUUUAGUUCUCUGUGGCUUGGUGGCCCUCAUCCUGAGAUAGAAGAUGGAGUGGUUACUCGUGAAGUCUACGGUUCUCAUUACGACCAGUGCAGUUACUACAGAUCUGACCCAAUCCAAGUCAAAGCCUGUCCUGGAAAUUAUUAUGUCUACAAAAUUAAAAGGCCAAAGGUAUUGAUCCCAGCCCCUGCAUAUUGUGCAGUUGGUUUCACCACUCCGAGUGCUGACCCUUGCUACAACUACAACAGCCUAGAUGAACCCUGGAGAGCCACCAUCAGCCCACACUACGAUAAAUAUUAUGACUAUGGAAUAUGUGAUUAUAAUUACAACUGGAACGGCUGGUACAGGCUGUUCUACAAUGGUCAGAGUGUCCAGAUGCCAGAGUCAUGUGUUGGUUCUGGCAUGUGUGGCACUUCUCACCCACUGUGGCUCAACGGCCCUCACCCACAGCUGGAAGAUGGAGUGGUCACUCGGCAAGUCUGUGGUUCAACAUGGAAUGACUGCUGUGGUUACAAAUCUCAUCCAAUACAAGUCAAAGCUUGUCCAGGAAACUAUUUUGUGUAUGAAUUUGUCAGGCCAACAUUCUGUGCAUCUUACUGUGCAGAAAUUAUCAUCACAAAUACAACAACAAGCUCAAAUAUUUCCUCAGGACCAUUUUAUCCAUUUGGAGCUGGAGACACAGAGAAUGAUCGCUCUGAUGAUGGGAGUUCACCAGUGAUCUACCUUUUGCAACCAUUUAUAUUUUUUGGACAGACAUACAACCAACUAUAUAUCAACAACAAUGGAUACUUGACAUUUGAUUGGUCAUGGUACAGCUACUUCCCAUACCAGUUCCCAGGUUAUGGUGGAAUAGACCUGAUCGCUCCAUUCUGGACAGAUAUCGAUAACCGUGGCAAUGGUGUUAUUUCAUAUCGUCAGUACACAUCUGGCAGUGUUCUUACAGAUGCCACACAAGACAUUAACCAAUACUUCCCUGACCUGAGCUUUUCUGCAACUUGGGUCUUUGUAGCAACAUGGGACAGAGUUGCAUAUUAUCCAUAUUCAAGAACCGAAACAUCUUUCCAGGUGGUUUUGAUUUCAGAUGGGCAUUUCUCUUUUGUUUUGUUUAAUUAUGGAACAAUUGCUCCAACUCAACGAUAUGUACAGGCUGGUUAUGACACAAUCAGCUCUAGAUACCACUUUUCAAUUACUGAAUCGCAACAGAAUAGCAUCACAAGCUUAACAUACAGCAGCAAUGUCAAUGUGCCAGGCAGAUGGGUCUUCAGAACAGAUCAUGGAUCACGGGGUUGUCAGUUUAAUGGUGUUCCAGUGCAACUUGGAGACUCUUUCUGGAGUGAUGAAACCUGCCAGCAGAGAUGCACCUGCACCAGCGGUGGCCUCCAGUGUAGCCACGAGCCCUGCAGUUACUCCCAAGUCUGCCGUCCAGCUGCCUUCCAGUACUCUUGCCAGAACAUUCAACGGAAAACCUGUACCAUCUCUGGUGAUCCUCACUACUACACCUUUGACUAUCAGGUUUUUCACUUUCAAGGGACCUGCACUUAUGUUCUAUCUGAGGCUUGUGGCAAUGGUUUGCAAUAUUAUCGCAUUGAGGGCAAAAAUGAGCAUCGGGGCAGCACACAUGUGUCAUGGACGCGGAUGGUCAGAGUGUUUGUCUAUGAUGAAGUAAUUGAACUGGUCAAGGAUCACUAUUAUGACGCAAGGGUUAAUGGAAGCUUUGUAGCAACGCCAUUCACCCUCCGCAAUGGCUCCGUCCAGGUUUAUCAGUCAGGUUUUUCCGUGGCCAUCAGCACAGAUUUUGGUCUGGUUGUUACAUAUGAUGCAUACAGCUACGUCAGCAUCUCUGUACCUUAUGACUAUUUUAACGCCACCUGCGGUCUGUGCGGAAACUUUAACCUGCAUCCCGAAGAUGACUUCCGUUCACCCAGUGGUGAAGUCUUGAGCUCAGAUGUUGACUUUGCAAACAGUUGGAAAGUACAAAGUGACACAGAUCCUGAGUGUCAUAAUGUCAGGUGCACAGGUCUGGCUUGUGCUGUUUGUACCACAGAUGAAAUGAGUUUUUACAGUGACAACAACCACUGUGGAAUCCUAGAAGAUGUUGUCGGCCCUUUUUCCGAUUGCCACUCUGUGCAUGCGCCACAGACCUACACAGAGAACUGUGUAUAUGACCUUUGCUUGGGAGGAGGUUACCAGCCCAUUCUGUGCCAAGCUCUCAAUGUGUAUGCUACUCAGUGCCAACAGCAGGGUAUACAUCUUGGUCAAUGGAGACAGCAGGGCUUUUGUGAGAUUCAAUGCCCUGAACACAGUCAUUUUGAGCCCCAAGGAACAGGUUGUCCUGCGACUUGCAGUAAUCCAUCUGCCCCAAUGAACUGUCCCUUGCCCAGUCAGGAAAGCUGUAUCUGUGAUCCUGGGUACAUCCUGAGCGCUGGAGAGUGUGUGCCUGAAGCAAACUGUGGCUGCAUCUUUGAGGGCUUCUAUUACACAGAAGGACAGUCAGUGGUGUUGGAUGGUGACUGUGGGAGACAGUGUGUGUGCAGCAGCAUGUCGAUGACCUGCCAUCAGCACCAGUGUGGUCCAGCAGAGGUGUGUGGAGUCCAUGAUGGUGUGAGAGGCUGCAGACCCACCGGCUAUGCUACCUGCUCGGUUGAAGACCUCGGGUCAUAUCACACCUUCGAUGGACUAAGUUUCAGAUAUCAGGGAGCAUGCGGACUGACCCUUGCUAGAGUGAUGGGGCCAUCCCCACUACCACACUUUGUGUUGAUGGUGGAGAAAGUACCCCGAGGCCUUCAAGACUUUUCCAGGUUCCUGAAGUUUGAGGCAGAAGGAAUUCAGGUCUCCAUCGAAAUGGGAGAGGGCAGCAAUAUAAAGGUGGAUGGACAGAUGGUCGGUCUGCCUGUCAGUGUUGGCUCUGGUCAAAUCCGUAUUUAUCACAGCAGUGUGAGGGGUUUCGUUGUGGAAACAAACUUUGGGGUGACUGUAAGAGCUGACUGGCCACACAUUGUCCGAAUUACGGCACCAAGCACAUAUAGUGGCACACUUGGAGGUCUGUGUGGGAACUUCAAUGGAGACAUUGCCGAUGAAUUUUACACUCCAGAUGCUGUCCUGUUGAAUGACGUUCAGCUGUUUGCGCACAGCUGGCGUGAUGGUUCCCUAUCAGCCCACUGUGAGGACCCAAAUGACAGCUGGGAACCAGGACAUUAUCAGAACAGCAGCCAGUUCACUGAACAUUGUAGCAUCAUGGCCAAGAAUGAUGGACCAUUUGCUGAGUGCAGCAGAGCAAUAGAUCCUCAGCGACGGAUUGCAGAUUGCGUUCAGCUGCUGGAGCAGACACAAGGUGCCAGAGAAGGCCUAUGUGAGGCUUUGCGAGGUUACACACUACUUUGCCAACAGAAUGGCAUUGCAGUAGAAGAGUGGAGGAGUGCCAUUCACUGCGAUCCCACCUGUCCAGCAAAUUCCCAUUACGAAGUAUGCGGCACAUCCUGUCCUGCUUCCUGCCCCAGCCUCUCAUUUCCAUUUCAGUGCACAUUGCAGUGCCAGGAAGGAUGCCAGUGUAAUGACGGAAAUGUGUUGAAUGGAGAUCGUUGUGUGCCUCCUGUGGGUUGUGGUUGCUACCACUCUGGGCGUUAUCGGCAGGCUGGAGAGAGGUUCUGGCAUGGUGAAGAGUGCCAGUUCUUGUGUGUUUGUGAUGGAAUCACUGGAAAUGUUCAUUGCACACCAUCUUCUUGCAGUGAGGAGGAGGUCUGCCAUGUGUUGGACGGCGAGUACGGCUGCCAUCCUCGGCCACACGCUCGUUGCUCUGCUUCGGGAGACCCCCACUACAUGUCUUUUGAUGGAACUUACUUUGACUUCCAGGGCACAUGCCGCUAUGUGCUAGCCACAGUAUGUAAUGACACUACUGGCCUUCCGCACUUCCAGGUAGAUGCAAGGAACGAGGCAUGGCAUGGACUCUCGGUGGCAAUUACUGUAGAAGUUUUUGUCAAUGUCUCUGGGCAUCUUGUGCACAUGUCACAAGACAUGAAUGGUCAUUCUACUGUUGAGGUUGAUGGAGAGACCAGAAACCUCCCCAUCCUGCUUGAUUCUGGACGGGUGUCUGUGUACUCCAGCGCACAGUACAUAUUUGUAUCAACUGACUUUGGUUUUAGUGUGAGUUAUGGUGGUUCCUGGACAUUGAACAUCAUUGUACCAGCGGACUACAGUGGGGUUACGUGUGGCAUCUGUGGCAACUUCAACGGCCAGAGUAAUGAUGACUUCAUGACUCCUUCAGGUGCUCUGGUGCGCUCAGCAGACCAGUUUGGGGCAAGUUGGAAGGUUGAGGAAGAGCUGCCAUGUAAUGAUGGGUGUGGAAACAAUUGCCCUUUGUGCGAUGAUCAGACAACCUCCCGUUCCCUGUGUGACAUCAUCAGGUCCAGUGAGGGCCCCUUUAGUUUCUGCCAUGUUUAUGUCGAUCCUCAAGCCUACUUUGAUGACUGUGUGUUCGAUGUGUGCCUUUCUGGAAACCGUAAUGAUGUCCUGUGUCGCUCGAUCCAAACCUAUGCGAGUGCCUGUCAAUCUAACAAUGCCGUUAUCUACCCCUGGAGAGAAAGCGCAUCCUGUGUCAUAACCUGCCCAGAAAACAGCCACUAUGAGUUGUGUGGCACAGACUGUGGUCAUACUUGCGCGAGCAGCAUUGAUGCUAGUUGUGAACACACAUGCUCAGAGGGAUGUUUCUGUGAUAAUGGAUUGGUGAGGAGUGGAGGACUCUGUGUCCCAGUGGAGCAAUGUGGCUGCUUGUAUGACGGAUUCUACUUUAAUGUUGGUGAGCAAUUCUGGAAUCUAGAUUGUUCCCAACACUGUGAGUGUUUUACUCCAAAUGAUCUGCGCUGCACUGAUUCCUCCUGCCAACCUACUAUGGUGUGUAUGGUCAGAAACGGACGUCGUGAUUGCUACGAGAGUACCACAUACAUAACCACCACCAGAUCAAGCCUUCCCUCAGAGCAGAGUACCAUUAACAUGACCAGCACCAGACCAAUCCCCCCAGCUGUUUUUUAUCCAUUUGGAGCUGGAGACACCGAGAAUUAUCGUUCUGAUGAUGGAAGUUCAUCUGUGAUCUACCUUCUGCAACAGUUCAUAUUUUUUGGACAAACAUAUAGUCAAAUAUAUGUCAACAACAAUGGACACUUGACGUUUGAUGGAUCGUUUCACAGCUACACUCCAUACCAGUUCCCAGGUUAUGGUGGAAUAGACCUCAUUGCUCCAUUCUGGACAGAUAUUGAUAACCGUGGCAAUGGUGUUAUUUCAUAUCGUCAGUACACAUCUGGCAGUGUUCUUACAGAGGCCACACAAGACAUUAACCAAUACUUCCCUGACCUGAGCUUUUCAGCAACUUGGGUCUUUGUAGCAACAUGGGACAGAGUUGCAUAUUAUCCAUAUUCAAGAACCGAAACAUCUUUCCAAGUGGUUUUGAUUUCAGAUGGCCAUUACACAUUUAUUUUGAUGAAUUAUGGAACAAUUGCUCCAAAACAUUAUGUACAGGCUGGUUAUGACACCAUCAACUCCAGAUACCAUUUCUCAAUUCCUGGAUCAUUCUCGAAUGACAUCACAAACUUGACAUACAGCAGCAAUGUCAAUGUGCCAGGCAGAUGGGCUUUCAGAACAGAUCAGGGAUCACGGGGUUGUCAGUUUAAUGGUAUUCCAGUGCAGCUUGGAGACUCUUUCUGGAGUGAUGAAACCUGCCAGCAGAGAUGCACCUGCACCAGCGGUGGCCUCCAGUGUAGCCACGAACCCUGCAGUUACUCCCAAGCCUGCCGUCCAGCUGCCUUCCAGUACUCUUGCCAGAACAUUCAACGGAAAACCUGUACCAUCUCUGGUGAUCCUCACUACUACACCUUUGACUAUCAGGUUUUUCACUUUCAAGGGACCUGCACUUAUGUUCUAUCUGAGGCCUGUGGCAGCGGUUUGCCGUACUAUCGCAUUGAGGGCAAAAAUGAGCAUCGGGGCAGCACGCAUGUGUCAUGGACGCGGAUGGUCAGAGUGUUUGUCUAUGAUGAAGUAAUUGAACUGGUCAAGGAUCACUAUUAUGACGCAAGGGUUAAUGGAAGUUUUGCAGCAACGCCAUUCACCCUCCGCAAUGGCUCCGUCCAAGUCUAUCGGUCAGGUUUUUCCUUGGCCAUCAGCACAGACUUUGGUCUGGUUGUUACAUAUGAUGCAUACAGCUACGUCAGCAUCUCUGUACCGUAUGACUAUUUUAAUUCCACCUGUGGUCUGUGCGGAAACUUUAACCUGCAUCCCGAAGAUGACUUCCGUUCACCCAGUGGUGAGAUCUUGAGCUCAGAUGUGGAUUUUGCCAACAGUUGGAAAGUGCAAAGUGACAUAGAUCCUGAAUGUCAUAAUGUCAGGUGCACAGGUCUGGCUUGUGCUGUUUGUGCAACAGAUGAAAUGACUCUGUACAGUGACAGCAACCACUGUGGAAUCCUAGAAGAUGUCUUCGGCCCUUUUGGCGCUUGCCACUCUGUGCAUGCGCCACAGACCUACACAGAGAACUGUGUAUAUGAUCUUUGCUUGGGAGGAGGGUACCAGCCCAUUCUGUGCCAGGCUCUCAAUGUGUAUGCUACUCAGUGCCAACAGCAGGGUGUACAACUUGGUCAGUGGAGACAGCAGGGCUUCUGUGAAAUUCAAUGCCCUGAACACAGUCAUUUUGAGCCUCAAGGAACAGGUUGUCCUGCGACUUGCAGUAAUCCAUCUGCCCCAAUAAACUGUCCCUUGCCCAGUCAGGAAAGCUGUAUCUGUGAUCCUGGGUACAUCCUGAGCGCUGGAGAUUGUGUGCCUGAAGCAAACUGUGGCUGCAUCUUUGAGGGCUUCUAUUACACAGAAGGACAGUCAGUGGUGUUGGAUGGUGACUGUGGGAGACAGUGUGUGUGCAGCAGCAUGUUGAUGACCUGCCAUCAGCACCAGUGUGGUCCAGCAGAGGUGUGUGGAGUCCAUGAUGGUGUGAGAGGCUGCAGACCCACCGGCUAUGCUACCUGCUCGGUUGAAGACCUCGGGUCAUAUCACACCUUCGAUGGACUAAGUUUCAGAUAUCAGGGAGCAUGCGGACUGACCCUUGCUAGAGUGAUGGGGCCAUCCCCACUACCACACUUUGUGUUGAUGGUGGAGAAAGUACCCCGAGGCUUUCAAGACUUUUCCAGGUUCCUGAAGUUUGAAGCAGAAGGAAUUCAGGUCUCCAUCGAAAUGGGAGAGGGCAGCAAUGUAAAGGUGGAUGGACAGAUGGUCGGUCUGCCUGUCAGUGUUGGCUCUGGUCAAAUCCGCAUUUAUCACAGCAGUGUGAGGGGUAUUGUUUUGGAAACAAACUUUGGGGUGACUGUAAGAGCCGACUGGCCACACAUUGUCCGAAUUACGGCACCAGGCACAUAUAGUGGCACACUUGGAGGUCUGUGUGGGAACUUCAAUGGAGACAUUGCUGAUGAAUUUUACACUCCAGAUGCUGUCCUGUUGAAUGACGUUCAGCUGUUUGCGGACAGCUGGCGUGAUGGUUCCCUAUCAGCCCACUGUGAGGACCCAAAUGACAGCUGGGAACUAGGACAUUAUCAGAACAGCAGCCAGUUCACUGAACAUUGUAGCAUCAUGGCCAAGGAUGAUGGACCAUUUGCUGAGUGCAGCAGAGCAAUAGAUCCUCAGCAACGGAUUGCAGAUUGCGUUCAGCUGCUGGAGCAGACACAAGGUGCCAGAGAGGCUCUAUGUGAGGCUUUGCGAGGUUACACACUACUUUGCCAACAGAAUGGCAUUGCAGUAGAAGAGUGGAGGAGUGCCACCCACUGCAAUCCCACCUGUCCAGCAAAUUCCCAUUAUGAAGUAUGCGGCACAUCCUGUCCUGCUUCCUGCCCCAGCCUCUCAUUUCCAUUUCAGUGCACAUUGCAGUGCCAGGAAGGAUGCCAGUGUAAUGACGGAAAUGUGUUGAAUGGAGAUCGUUGUGUGCCUCCUGUGGGUUGUGGUUGCUACCACUCUGGGCGUUAUCGGCAGGCUGGAGAGAGGUUCUGGCAUGGUGAAGAGUGCCAGUUCUUGUGUGUUUGUGAUGGAAUCACUGGAAAUGUUCAUUGCACACCAUCUUCUUGCAGUGAGGAGGAGGUCUGCCAUGUGUUGGACGGCGAGUACGGCUGCCAUCCUCGGCCACAUGCUCGUUGCUCUGCUUCAGGAGACCCCCACUACAUGUCUUUUGAUAAAUCCUACUUUGACUUCCAGGGCACAUGCCGCUAUGUGCUAGCCACAGUAUGUAAUGACACUACUGGCCUUCCGUACUUCCAGGUAGAUGCAAGGAACGAGGCAUGGCAUGGACUCCCAGUGUCAAUUACUGUAGAAAUUUUUGUCAAUGUCUCUGGGCAUCUUGUGCACAUGUCACGGGACAUGAACCGUCGUUUUACUGUUGAGGUUGAUGGAGAGACCAGAAACCUUCCCAUCCUGCUUGAUUCUGGACGGGUGUCUGUGUACUCCAGCGCACAGUACAUAUUCGUAUCAACUGACUUUGGUUUGAGCGUUGGUUAUAGUGGCUCCUGGGCGGUGGACAUCGUUGUACCAGCGGACUACAGUGGGGUUACGUGUGGCAUCUGUGGCAACUUCAACGGCCAGAGUAAUGAUGACUUCAUGACUCCUUCAGGUGCUCUGGUGCGCUCAGCAGACCAGUUUGGGGCAAGUUGGAAGGUUGAGGAAGAGCUGCCAUGUAAUGAUGGGUGUGGAAACAAUUGCCCUUUGUGCGAGGAUCAGACAACCUCCCGUUCCCUGUGUGACAUCAUCAGGUCCAGUGAGGGCCCCUUUAGUUUCUGCCAUGUUUAUGUCGAUCCUCAAGCCUACUUUGAUGACUGUGUGUUCGAUGUGUGCCUUUCUGGAAACCGUAAUGAUGUCCUGUGUCGCUCGAUCCAAACCUAUGCAAGUGCCUGUCAAUCUAACAAUGCCGUUAUCUACCCCUGGAGAGAAAGCGCAUCCUGUGUCAUAACCUGCCCAGAGAACAGUCACUAUGAGUUGUGUGGCACAGACUGUGGUCAUACUUGCGCCAGCAACGUUGAUGCUAGUUGUGAACACACAUGCUCAGAGGGAUGUUUCUGUGAUGAUGGGUUGGUGAGGAGUGGAGGACUCUGUGUCCCAGUGGAGCAAUGUGGCUGCUUGCAUAAAGGAUUCUACUUUAAUGUUGGUGAGCAAUUCCAGGAUGAAGAAUGUUCCCAAAUCUGUGAAUGUUUUGCUCCACAUGAUUUGCGCUGCUCAGAUUCUUCAUGCCCAUCAACAAUGGAGUGUAUGGUCAGAAAUGGACUUCGUGGCUGCUAUGACGACAGCACCACACACAAGACCACCACCAAAUCAAUCAUUUACUCAGAAGAGAGCACUACACUCAUUACCACAAGCACAUCAAGCCUUCCCUCAGAAGAGAGCACCACCUACAUGACCACCACCAUAUCAACCCUUCCCUCAGGUGAAGGAGACCCCUGUCAAGAGCUAAACUGCACUGAGAAUGAACAGUGUGAAGAGAAACAUGGUGUUUACGGCUGUUCCUGCAAGGAAAACCAUCACAGAUCUCAGCAUGACGCCUUUGAUUUUAAUGAAAACUGCGAAAGCAGCUCUGGCUCCAUGUCUCUGUCUCGCUGUCAGCUUUUUGAGGCAGGUUUUCCUUCUGACAUCUUACACCUCAAUGACCCCAACUGCAGAGGAACAAUCCGGAAUGGCAGAGUGGAGUUCUAUUUUGACAACAAUGACCACAUCUGUGGCACAAAUCUGAUGGCUAAUGGCACCCACUUCAUCUAUAAGAACUUUAUUAUUGGGGAGCCACACUUAGUUGGGCAUCUCAUUAGCAGGAAGAGAAUUUUAAAGAUUCCUUUCAGCUGUGUUUACUCACAAACCCAAACACUCUCCAUGGACAUCAAUCCUCUAGAGAGCACUGUGCACAUUAACCUUCCUGCUGGUCAAGGGACAUAUCGGGUCAGGAUGAUUCCAUAUCAGGAUGCUGAAUUCUCCCACCCCUUCACUGGUAGUGUGAAUGCAGAGCUGAGCAAGCGGAUUUUUGUGGAAGUUCGUGUUGAUGGAGUUGACAGUCAUCAGUUUGCCUCAGUGAUUGACACAUGUUGGGCUACACCUGUGAACGAUCCUCAUCACCCUCUCCGCUGGGACCUCAUCGUUGACAGGUGUCCCAAUCCUAAUGAUGAUACAGUGGAGUUGCUGCAAAAUGGUAUUUCUACAUCCAGCCGCUUCUCCUUUGAGAUGUUUAUCUUCACUGCAGACUCCACCAAGGUUUACCUGCACUGCGCUAUUCACCUUUGCCUUAUGACAGACAAUCUCUGCUCAGUGCACUGUGACUCUGAGCACCACCAUAGAGUGGGCAGAUCUGUGGAUUUCCAUGACAGUAAUUCCAUAUCCCUUGGUCCAUUGAUGUGGUCUGACAGUAACAAAGAUGCGCUGAUGCCACGCCAAGUGCUAGUAUCCAGGGCUCCAUGUCUAUUGGGUUCUCUGACUAUAUCACUUAUUUCUCUGAUGAGUCUCCUGAUAUUCUUCUAGAAUAUUUCUACUGACAAUCAACCUAAUGUUUUAACACAUCUAUUCUUAUAUUUUUCUCGAUGGAUGUGACACUGAUGCCAAACUGUUACAAGCUUUCUAUAAAUGUAACCUUUGGGGGAUUAUGUUGAAAAUCACAACCUUUAAAAUGUUUUAUAAAUCAAACAGUCUUAUUACUAUUGUGAGGAUAAAACAAAUCACAAUAAACUGAUUUUCUCUGUU